AUGCAUGUACAGGAAGUUGACGAUCCCUACGAAGCAUUUGUGUGGGUCGAUUUUCCAAGUGAAGAAGAUGGGAAGAAAGUGAUCCAACGGUCAGUGCUUGCAAGUGAACUCUACGACGUCUGGGGGUGGGGUCACUCUGUGGAAGACGCCUAUGCACAAGCCCAUACAGUCACGCCAGAACGGAUGGGUCGAUGUUCAGAGCCUGAUGUGACCUUCAAGGUGGUGGUCGAUGCAUACGGUGUGAAUAUGAAACGCAGUUACCAACGCACCAUCUUCCCAUAUUGGGCGGACUUCACACUCCCUGGUCAGGUUGAUCUUGAG